GAGCUUUCAGUCCCGGAUUGGCUGUUGCUGGGUAAUGUUUCGAAUUCUAUACACGCCGUGGCAUCGCGUACGUUCCGUCGAGCAUUAGCACACUCAUCCUGCUGUUGCGGUUAUAGCACCACUCAAAACUGCUUCCUAACCAACUCUAACCUAAUAAAUACUACAAAGAAAGUAACUAAGAAACUGCUCGCAGCUUAAAGAAAAUGUGCAAACGUAGAGUUUAAUUUAUGAGUGCUGAUUUGUGGCCGCAGUGGCACUUCAAUGCAAUUGAAUAAUAUUCGAAUUGUGCAAUUGUUUCGCGACGCGUUGCGCCUCCCACUCCCCGCCCUCCCUUACAAGCUGCAUAAUCUUCCUCGCCACCGCGCUCUAUUUUUGCGCUUUCUGCUUUCCGAACCGCAAUACAAUAAAAUAACAACAGCAACAACUUAAAUAAAAUAAAAAUUAAAAUAAAGAAAUAAUACGAAGGAAAGUGCUAAAGCAAAAACAAAAGGGCAGGAAACAAAAGAAAAAACACAACAAAAGAAACGCCGACGAAAGGAAGCAGCAAAGAAAGCCAAGCAAAGCAAACAAACAAACAAACAAUAUACUGGUGUUGUAUAUUAGUGUGCGUGGAAGCAGAGUUGCGGGCGCACGCCGACGCUCCCACUCCCCACUUGACAGCCUUGCGGUCGGCGCUUCGCUUACGUCGUCUUUUAAAGUACGUGUGCGCAUGUGUUGUUGUUGUUGUGCACGUACAUAUACGUGCGUGAGCGUGAGUCCGAUUUCCUGCGCGUUUGUGUGUGCGCGCGUUGUGUUUGCGUUGCGGUACGCGUGUGUGUGCCACUGUGUUAGUAACGGUGAUUCAACUGUGAAGCGUGACAACGAAUAUGAUUAAAAUUACACGUAAGCGGUUAAAGGCAACGCAAACGUACGUAACGAGUUGAAUUGAGUUGAGUUGAGCGUGAGUCAAAUUGCACGGCAUUGCUCGCGGCACACACGGAAAGUGGCGUUAGUGUGUGUAAUUGUAUACAUAUGUGUUGGCAACGGUGGUGCACAAAGAAACUGUUAUAAGGCAACACAUUAUAGCGCCAACGUUAAGGAUAGCCUAGUUCUUCUAUGAUAGCGCUUAACAAACAACAAAGUGAACUUCCACUUCCCUUUUUCGAUGUCCGCAAAAACCACGAAGAGGACUACACAUAAAUGAUGCCCUGGAUAAAUAAAUUGAAGAAAACCACUUUCAAAAAUCAACUAAGUAAAAAGUGCUUCUCAGCUUUGGUGCUUCCUUCCACAACGUUGUCUUCGAAAUUACAACUUCCGCUGGCAAUGCAAUUACGAGUAUUUUACUGCUGUUGAAUUGAAAGCUUCCUGCCAAUCUUAGAGAUAAAUUGCAAUGCAUGCUAAUGUCACAUCAGAUCGUGGUGGUGGCGGCGGUUCAUGGCGUCUGCCACCUGAUGAAACACUACAAGUACAAGAUCCCAAACAGAAAAAUGAUGAUUUAGAUUUGGACGAAGGUCACAAUUGGCGUAGUAUCAUAUUUUCACUGUUAGUUAUUAGUUUUGUAAUAGCCGGAAUUAUAACCGCAAUAUAUCUAUUAGGUUAUGUUGAUGAAUUGCUGUAUUGGUCGGGUCGCCGCAUGAUACUCGACGAGUAUCUGCAAGGCGAUUUGACGCCCACACGUCUACAACCCGCUUGGGUUACGACGCGUAAGUAUGUCUUCCAGUCGGACGACGGCGGACUGGCCAUAUUGGAUACGACCAGCAAUUCGGUUAGCACGCUCGUUACGAAUCACACGCUGCGGCAGUUAAAUGUACGCGGCUAUCAGUGCUCACACGAUCUGCGAUAUGUUCUAUUUAGACAUAAUGUUAAGAAGAUUUUUCAAAAAUCCUUUACCGCAUUUUAUACAAUUUACGACGUUGAAAACGAUCACCAUAUGCCUGUGAAACUAAAGGAUUCACCGAAAGUGCAGCGUACGCGUCUACAAUAUGCCGCUUGGCUAGGCAACACUACCUCGUUGGUCAUCGUUGCCGACAACGAUAUUUAUCUACGACAAUCACCAACUGACGAGGAGGACAUCCGAAUCACAAAUACAGGGUAUGAAAAUUACAUUUACAAUGGCGUGCCAGAUUGGCUCUAUCAAGAGGAAAUUUUCGAAAAACCCGAAGCGAUAUGGGCAUCACAAGACGGUACACACUUUAUGUAUGCCUCCUUCAAUGACAGCAAAGUGAAUAUGAUGACAUACCCGUGGUUGGCGUCAGGCAGUAUUAUCGCUGGUAGCAGUAUGUCACCGGAAACGUCAUUUCCUGAAACCAGAAAUGUGCGUUAUCCCAUACCCGGCUCCCCGAAUCCCGAGGUCACACUUUGGGUAGUAGAUGCUAGUAAUUUAACCGACAUACAAUAUUUUAUUUUGAAACCACCCCCUUCCUUGGAUGACCAAGAAUUUUAUAUAACAUCGGCUGGCUGGAUCUCAGAACUAAAUCAUCAAGUUUCUGUUGUCUACAUGACACGCUCCCAAAAUUAUAGUAUAAUCGCCACUUGUUUAGCGGAUACAAAUUGGACUUGUGUCGAGAUACACUCCGAGCGUGCUCCCGAAGAUGAGUGGCUCGAUAUACUUCCGCAUCCUGUUUUCGCGCCCGAUGGCAAUAGUUUUCUAAUAUUGGCGAGUAUACAAGAAUUCGGUAAUGAGCAUUUCACACACAUCAAACACGUCACAAUGACACAACAACGUAUUGCCGUCAUAUCGCAUGGCCGCUAUGAGGUGCUAAAAAUUCUUUGCUGGGACACUGUCAAUCAUUUAGUGUAUUACCUGGGUACACAAGACAAAAAGCCCGGCCAGCGGCAUUUAUACAUGGUGAAAGAUCCGGUCAACGAUGAGAGUAGAAAAACUGAGCCACAGUGCAUUACUUGCGAUUUAGGCGAGGCGCUUUGGAGCAGCCGCUACUACUAUGUGAAUUGUUCUCAUUUCGAUGCCUUCAUGACACCAGUGUCUUCCAUAGCAACUCAAUAUGGUAUUGAAUUUUACAUAUUGGAAUGUCAGGGACCCGGCCUGCCGGUCUCGGGUGUGCAUAUGCAGAAAUCGCAUAGUUUGGUGAAAAUACUUUAUGACACCCGUCCGUUCUUUACGGAGCGUCUGCAAAAGCUGGCGCUACCAACACAACGUUCAUUCGAGAUACCAUUGCCACAUGGGAGUCGGGCACAAGUGCAAUUACUUCUACCGCCUAGUUGGCGUGAAGAGCUUAGGGAUGCCGCCUUUCCUGUGGUGGUCGAAGUCAAUGGCCGCCCAGGUUCCGAGUCUGUUUCGGAGAAAUUUCAAAUAGACUGGGGCACCUAUAUGUCAUCGCGUAACGAUGUCAUUUACAUACGCUUAGAUGUUCGUGGCGCGAAGGGCCAAAGUAAAAAGCAACUGUACCGACACUUGGGCGGCGUCGAAGUACAGGAUCAGAUUUCUGUUUUAAGAUAUCUUUUGGAUACAAUUAGUUUUUUAGAUGAAACGCGUGUGGGUAUUUGGGGUUGGGGCUAUGGAGGUUACGUAACUUCAAUGGUGCUCGGCACACAACAGGAUGUGUAUAAAUGUGGCAUAGCCAUAUCGCCAAUCGCCGACUGGCUCUACUACAAUUCAGCUUUCACAGAACGCAUAUUAGGCAUGCCGGCGGAGAACUACAAAGGCUAUGUCGAAGCCGAUGCAACGCAGCGUGCGCGUCUCAUCAAAUCACACUCAUUCUUCCUAAUACACGGCCUAGCCGAUUCAACUGCACCCUAUAUACAUGGCAUACAGUUGGCCAAAUCGCUAACGGACGCCAACAUCUUGUACAGAUAUCAGACAUACGCGGAUGAAGGUCACGAACUCUCCGGAGUGCUCGAACAUGUCUAUCUCUCAAUGGAGCACUACUUUGCCGAUUGCUUAAGUUUAGAUCCGGACGAUACGAAACCCGAUCUAGAUCAGAAAAUAGUGCCAGCUGAAUAGAGAGCAAGAGAAAGAGAAAUAUAGGGAGUGAUAGAGAGAUAUAAAGAGUGAAAGAGAGAAUUGAAGGAGGAGAGAGAAUAGCAUACAGCUUCCAAGACAAGCAAAAGAUAUUAAAACUAGUAACUAAGCGCGAUUUAGUGAUUUAAAGAAUAAUUAAUUCUAGGCAAAUAUUACAAUUAAGCACAAGUGCAUUAAGAAAGAGAUACAAAGUGAAAUGUAAAAUGGUCUAGCAUAAGUAAGCAAAGCAGCAAGGCAACAAGCAGUAGACAUCAAACAUACAUACAUACAUACAUAUUCAAGCAUAAGAUUAGGAUAAAGCAAAACAGAAAAAGAAACAGUUAUAAUACUGAAAUAUUCUUCAAUAUUAUAAAGGCGUAUAAAAAAGGAAACAAUUACAAAAAAAACCACAACAACAAAGGAUAUUAAAUUAAAUUUGCGAUUCAUGCGGCAUUUAUCUUUCAACUAGUUGCACUUUACGUAAGCGUAUUUAAGCGUACAAGUCAACAUUUAGUCUGUAUGUAUGUAAGUAAAAAAUUAGCGUUGCCAGCCGAAGUAUUUGUAAAUGAAUUAUAAUCUUUUUUUUCGAAAAUUUGGUUGCUCACUUGCAUAGUAGCCAAAGCAAAAUGAAAAAAUACAAGUCAGAUUGUAUUAUAGUUAGUUAGGUAAAUGCAAUUUAACAAGAAAAAACAAAAACAAUAAAACGUAGAAGUAGUACACGUAUGGUAAAGUAAAUGGCGCGAAAAUAUAAAAUAAUUUCAAAUAAUUAUAAGUAACACAAAUAUAUAAGUAAAUAACGAUUUUGCAAGCGAGUGACAAAAGCACGCUCGGAUUGAAAACGCUUUACCAUUAUGUAUGUAAAAUGUCUGGCAACAACUCAGCAGUGAAAAAUAUGUUCUAUUUUGUUUGUGUUUGAUAUUUCAAAAGAAUUUCGUAAUUAUUAUUAUGAGCAAAAAACAGUAAGACUUUGUCAUAAUUUUAAAGUUAUUAAUUUAUUCUUCAAAAUCUAUGUCGUUAUACUCAAAAAAUCCUAUUUGGUCCCAUGGCACUUCUGACAUUUUUUUUCAAAUUCUCGAAACAGUUUUCGGAAUAGCUUUCAAUGCGCGCAGCGUUUCACGUUUAAUGUCUUCAAUUGACUCAAAACGGUUUUCCCGGAGCGGUCGAAGCUAAAUCAAGCGUAUACAGUGAUUGCGGCAUGGUAUUGGUUGAAAAUUUGGUGAAACACUUACGAAAAAUCAAUGCAGUAUGCGACGGCUCAUAAUUCCGUCCCCUUCUUACGCAUAGCUCCUCACAAACAACGCAUAACACUCAAAUAGUAUUCCUAGUUGACAGUUUGGCCGGUUGGAUGGAAUUCGGAAUGCACCACACCACGAUAAUCGAAAAAAACUGCCAACAUAGCCUUGAUUGUCCUGCUUUGAGAUGUUUUUUUUUGGCUUCGGCUCACCUUUGCCACUAUAUUUCACCGAUUGAUCGUCUGUUCCCGGGUUGUAGGCAUAGAUCUAAGACAUACCAUCAGUCGUAUUAUCUUGGUAGUUGGAAAGUAUUGUUUCUAACGUUUGUGACGCGACACUGUUUUACGAAAUAAUUGAGUGAUUGUGCAACCAAUCGCUCUUUCUUUUUUUUAGGCCCAAAUGAACUUUAUAAAUGGUUUUCACUAAUCUUUUCAAUAUUUCAACGAUGUCAGUAAGACCUCUGACUGUUAAUUGUUAUUUCUCAAGCAUUAAUUUCUUUAUUUUAUUGGCGUAUUGAUUAUCAAUUGAAGUUGAUGGCCAUCAUGGAUGUAGUUAAACGUCAACGCGUUCUCGUCUCUCUUUCUAUAGUGUCUACCAAUCAAAAAAACUUACUCGCGACAAACAAUAAUCACCAAAAUUUUGAACGCUUCGGCUCUAGAAAUUUGGUUCUGCACUUAAAUUUUAUGGAACUUCUUUGUUGAACAGUUUCAGUCAUCGUAAAAACCGGCUAAUGCACUUUAUGUACUAAAGGUAAGCGUAAACUAAACAUUAAUGAAUAUUUUCAUGUGACAUUUGGCAUAGUCACUCACAGUCUUAGCGACCUAGAAAAAAAAUAUUUCGACGGAUGGGAUUUUUCACGAAAUUUAAAUUAAAAAGUCUUACAAUUUUUUGGCCCACAGGCUUACACAAUUUAUUAUUUCAGCGAGUGUUCUUUUGCCACUAGCCUACAAAAUCACAAAGCCAAUGUAAAUAUACUCGUAAUCUUCAUAAAUGUAAAUACCCAAGCAAAUAACAUGACAAUUAUGCACAAAUACAGCAACGAGACAACGCAUAAUUAGAACGAACUUAAUUUAUAGGGAAAUCAGAGUAAAACAUUCACAAAUACACAAAAAUAAUAAAAAUUAUUAAUAUUAUUAAUUUUUUAAAGAAAUAUGUAUACAUAGUUAUAAUUUUAAUUAUGCAAAAAAUCAAAAUAUUGAACGUAGCAAUAAUUUUGGACACCAUUUAAAACAACACAUGUACGAAUUACACACUGAAGGCACACAUCGAUUAAGUAACCGGUUGGUUAGCCAAUUGCGCUACGAGUGUUUCAUAAUAAAGUUGCUAUGACUUUCUUAAGCCCUAAUUGACAUUUCUAAUUGAAACUUUUUGCGUACGCAAACUACCUAUCAGCUAAAUUGCCAGUUAGUUACCCGAUAGUUUCUAAUUGAAACUUUAGGAUAUGCAAGCUACCUAUUAGUUAAAUUGUCAGUUAACUACCCAACAGUUUAUAAGAUAUACUUGACAAAUAGGUCAAACCACGUCAAGUGGUCCCUGAAAAUUUCGCUAAAUCACCGAUUUUGAAAAUGAGCUCUUCAUUAGGUGAGGGACCAAAUGCAUACCCCAUCAUAUAAAUAUUUCUUUAACAUAACUUUUGAAAAAUUCCAAAAAAACGUGACAAAAAGUGUAAAACAUUUAUUAUGUGACCUACCUUCUCAUUCUAUAGUCUAUGACAACGGAAUUUUGUUUCUGUAAUUAUUAAAUAUUUGAGGAUGAUGUUCUUAUAAAAUUAUUUAGUAUUCGUCAUCCAAGAUUCGUUCGGUUCUCGGCCCUAAAACACAUACCUAUUUGACUAAGUAUUCCGAAAUCCUUGUAUAUAUUGGAAAACCACAAAUUUAUUCGUUCUAAUAUUAAAAAAAUUAAUAAAUAAACAACGCGAUAAAUCGUAUAAACUCAUACAUACAUACAUCGAUAGUUCCAAAUUGCAUUAACAUAUCAUUCUGUGUAAAAAUAAAAUUAUCGCAUUAAUUAAAAUGUAUAUUUCAAGUACUCUCACAUUAAGUAUAAUUAAAGCAUUGUUAUAUAUGAAAAUUAAUACAAAAGCACUCAUGCAUACUUACGUAAAUCGCCGUAUUAUAUAGUCGUACAUACUAUAGUGAAUAAUAUAAAGACGUGCUGUGGAGAGUUUUAAAUAUAUAUAGAAAUAUAUGAAUUAGUAUAGAAUAUAUAAUAUAGUAUAUAUAUAGUUUUAUAAGUAUCUAGAUACGUAUACAUAUGCUUCCAAAUUCAUAGUUCUGUUCAAAAUAUUUUAGUGAAAGAUUUGUGGAGGACUAGUAUUAACUAUAACAAGCUAAUAAUAGUCCACAAAGGGGUCAAAUCAAAGAGCAAUAUCUCAUGAGAGGUAUUAAAAUCAAAGAACUAAUGUUUUUUUAUUGUCAUUUCAUUUAAAAUAAUUAUUAUAUGCAUAUGUAUUUAUUUCUAUAUACAUAUUGCUGUGGUCGAACUUCGAACGUCGAAAGCUAUAUAUAAAAAGGAAUCAGGAGCGGGCUUCUUUUGAAGUGGCUAUACGUAGAACCAACACUAUGUCUUUUAGUUCUCCCAAAUGUGAAUACCCUGUACUUACUUUGAAUAUUGAAGCUGGAACGAAGUAAUCUUGUACCUACCCUUAACAUACGGUCCUCAGAAAGUUAGAAAUGAGGAUUCGGCAGAAUGCAGACGAUGAUCGGAGGAUGGUUAGACGCUAAACAUUAUCUAUGCGUAUGUCCAGUCUUCAGUCGGAUUAGACGUAAAGUAUAUUCCAAGCUCCCAAUACUCUAACUUCAAAGACCUUGAACAACUGGAGUGGAAAAAAUUCACUGAGUUGUUGAAUAAAGCUUAAUUUGGUAACUACAUAGAUGUAAAAUGGGUUUAAUGAUAAUACUUAAUAAGAAUGUAACUGAUUUUACCAACAUUCUAGGUAGAUUGGUCAACUUCUUGAAGUUGAGGACUUGAAGGUUACAUUUAAAUAGAAGCUUAAUUGAAUUGGUAUUGUUUACUGGAAUAUCGGUAAGUCCGUAACUCCGAUGUUCCAAGGAUAUUUGCUUUUAUUUCAGAAUUAUAUGUAAGUUACUCUUUAAUCUAACAACCCACUCGAAUUUUAUCAUAAAGUAGUUGUUUUUUUGGAAUUGCAUUGACCUAUGCUUAUCUCUUCAAUAACACACCUCGAAAUAGGAGCAAAAAAUAUUGUGACAAACUAUGGCAUAAAAAGGUAUCAGAUAGUUGAAAACGGGAAAUUUAAAGUCUCAUCUGUGAGCUCUCCAGUAGUAAGAGGUUUGUAUAAGCAUCCUACUUCUUUAUAUACAUAUAUAUUUUGGGUACUAUCCUGUUAAAAUUGAAGACCCAACUUAAACAUCGGGGUCAGAGUACUUUUUUUUAUCUUUCCUGGUAAUAUUGUUGAAGACACUAGAUUUGAAACUUACGCUAAAAUUCGCCAAACUCUAAAAACAAUAUGUUAUUUUAUUUUAGUAAACCAUGUCUAAUUAUUUCUGGUUUAAAAAACGAAGUAUAGUAUAGGCUCCAGAGCCGAAGAAAACUGUAAAGUUUAACUAAACUUCAUCAAAAGUGAAAACUAAAAUUUAUAUAAAUUUCUAUGGUUAUGAAUAAAAUUUUCGGAGAAAAUGUAUGCAAAAAAGUAUAAAAUUUAAAACUAUGAAAAAAAAUUAUGAGAAAACCACGAUUAUAGUCGAGUAAAGAUAUCUAAGCUUAACGGAACGAACCGAACGGCUGCAGCGUUGCAUGCUUGGGUGCUUCAUUUAGAUAAGUAUUAUUUGAAUUAUUUAAGCUAAAUGCAGCAGAAACUUCCAAUAAUUAAUAAUAUAAUAAUAAAAUUUGCUAAGUAUUUACAAAUCAAUAACGGUAAUGUGUCUACGCACACGAAUAUGUACCUAAAUCAUUUAUGCUUAACUCAAACGUUCAUUUUAAGUGUUUAACAGUAAUAAAUUAUAUAUUUACGAUUUAUAAUUAUAAAUAUAUAUAUAUAUAUAUUAGCUGUGUAUAUUUUGGAAUUUAGGUGUACAUAUAUGUAUAUUUAUGAGUGUGUAAAUUAGAGUUAAUUUACAAAUAAUUUGCGUGCGAAUUUAACGUACAAUCAUAGUUGAAGUUCCAUGUAAUUGUAUCCAUGUACCUUUGUAAGUAUAUAUGUACUAUAUGAACGGUUAAUUUGAAUUUUUGUCUAAAAUGAUUUUCAAAGUCUUCCUAAAAUGAAUUAUUAAAUAAGACGGAAAUUAAUUACCACCAAAAAAUACGAGCUUCUUCCGCUAGUGUUCUAAAAUAUUUUAAUUAACCAAAUAUUUUCAAAUAGCACUGUCUGCUUAAACCCAAUUAUAAUUUAUAAAUACUGUCAAACUGCAGUGAUUUGAAAAACUUGAAAUCAAAAACAUAAUAAAAUAAUGUCUGCGGAGACGCUCACACAAGACAAAAUCAAGUAAACGUGGUUCUUGAAAUUUCCCAAGAAUCGACAAAAAACAUUUUAGUUUAUUAUUGAGUUCGCACCAAGUUAGGUUAUGUUAACUCCUUUCUGCAAGCAAAAAAAUCCAAGUGUGGAUCAAAAGAUGUUAAUGUAUCGACGUAGUAUUUUGAGGCAAAUUUGCGAAGGCGGUUAAGGAGUUUUAUACAUUUGAUCUUUUGAAGUUUUAAAAAUUGUUCAUUUACAGUAUUUAAGGUACUUCAUAACCUUACCUAAUAAUUGCCGAUUAAUUUUGAAAAAUUUGUGAUUCCCUUGAUAUCGCCGUUGAUCUCCAGGAAGACCUCCGAAAAAAUAUGUCUGGCGUUGAGAAUAAUUUUACUGCAAAAAUUAUCUCGAAUCUACAAACCGAAACAAAAACAAGUAAAGCAGGGCUAAGUUCGGGUUCAACCGAACACCUAUACUCUUGCAACUUGUCAGAAGAUACCUUAGGAGCUCACAUACCAUCACCAAUCCAAUGUAUUAAACUUACCCGGACGUUGUAUGUUAGUUAUUUGAGAGGCAGGUCAAGUUUUCGCCCAAUUUUAUCCAUUUUAGCCAUAAAUAUGCAUGCUUUCUCAUUUUCAUUCAAAUAACUCACAUGUUAUAUCAGGAAAAUGCGGUAUAAAGUCACCUGGAAGUUUGAGAAUCGUUGUACAUAUUAGAUAUAUGGGAGCUAAGGGCAAUAUUGACACGAUUAAUUUCUAAAAAUGGGCAGUGUCAUGCCUAUCGUCCAAUUUUUACUCAGAAUUUCUACGAGCCUCUUAUUCUCGAGGGUAAAAUUUUAGUAGUUUUCAGCAGUACCGUUAUAUGGGGAGUGGGCAGGGUUUUCAUCCGAUUUCAUUCAUUUUCACACUGUAGGUAAAAGUUCUUACAUGCGAUCCUCAAUGCCAAAAUAACUAAGUGCUUAGUUAUGUGGGCAUGGCAGUGAUUCGAUUACACCCAUCUGCGAACUCCAAGAUAUCUCAAUUUUACUCAAGUUAUAGCUUGCAGGAAUGGUGGAUAGACACAGUCACUCCGAUUUCAACUCGUCUCUUCAUCCUGAUCUUUUAGAUAUGUACGAGUAAAUAACCCAAUAUCUAAGUCGAUUAGCUUUAGGUGAUACAUACAACAAAACUAAUAUACUUUGUAGCAACAUGUUACAAGUGUAUAAAAACCUUUUUCGUUCAAUCAUUACCUAAAAAAAGUAUAUAUGUACAUAUAUACAAGAAGAACGUAUUAGAAUUUCAAGUCGAUAGGUCCAGCCCUUCCGGAGCAAUUUUUUCCCAAACUCUGACGUUAAAUAAUUCUCAAAAAGAUCAUGAUAUCUCCGAACUAUUUGCCGGGCCAACUUUAACAUUUCAGAGAGUAUUCUCCAUUAGAAGUGCGUUUGUUACAAAUGCAUUAAAAAUUAGAUUUUUAGAAUUUUAGAAGGGACACCAGCCAACCAGUUCACCGAAGUUAUGAUAUACAAUAUGUUAUAAGAUGUGUCUAGUGAAGAUCAGAGAGGAGAAAGUUUCCACCUUGCUUUUCUCCAAACAAUGUUGACCAUUGCCGUAAAUUUCUAUCCUAUUUUGCUAUACUACAAGAGAACAUAAGAGUUCUGACUCAUUCAUAGUAUAACGAAAUUGUCACAAGAGUUUCCUUUGUAAGAUGCUUAUGAGUUUUUCAGUUUAGGAGAUCUCCGUAUACAAGUCUUAAAAGGAAGUUGCUCGAUACUUCUUGAUUAAGUUGGAAUGCAAAGUCAGUGAGACCCAGGUUCGUAUUGCCUCACUGCAAUCAGAGUAAAUGCUCACCUUGCUUAAGGAACUGCACAUCGUAGUAGUACUACUAUGUAAUCGACAGCCACCUAUGUGUGAAAGACAUUACAGGGACCUUAACAGAAGAUUGAUGAAAACAGAAUACCACCAGGGGUAUGCUUGUCAACCUUUGGACCUCUUGUGUGCUCCGAAAAUAUUGGUUAACAACCAGUACUUGUGCGAAUGCGAAAUCACAUU